CGCGCGACAUGCAAAUGCAGAGCAGCUUGAAGGUACUUGAUGCGUGGCCAACAAUCAUCGUUAAAAAUGCAAAAAUUCUCCGCCAAGAAGGCCAACUGGCGCUGCUACUCGACUCUGUGAAAAUUUCUGUUCACCCUCAAUCACAUCACGUUGUUGUGUAGCAGUUUCUGCUUCUUCUUCGCGACACAGUCACAGUACCGUUACGUCUAUUUUUACGAAUUUCUCUGUGCUCAAAUUGUAAAAUGGCGGGCGCCAACACAGUUCAACAAGGACCUGUCAAUGCAUCAUCAGAUGAGCUCACGCAGAUAAAAGAGAUUAUACGAGGUGUGAUCGACAAAUUGUACGAAUCAGUCAGGAUUAAAUUAAAUGCUUCUGAUGUUAAAAAAAUGACAAAGAUCAUAAAAUCCCGAAAAGCGUGGAAUCACUUUGGGUUAACUGAAUCCGAACUGAAAAAUAUAAAAACUGUUAAAAAGUUCACUCGUUUAUUGAGGGACCAAGUUUGUCUGGAAAAUGGACGCAUCAACGUGUCUUCAUGUCUUCACAACUUGUGGGUGCUUAUGAGCGAAGUCGAUCGUCCUGAAAUCCAACCAUUGAUUGACAAUGCUGAACAAGAAUUGAUGCAGUUUGGAUAUUUACCGUUAGGAACUACUACUACUACUACUAGAGUCUCAAUCGACAUGAAUUUUCCAGGUUUGAUUGGUGUUCCAACGGAGAUUACUGAACCAGAAGCAAUAGAAGCUUACAAGAAAGCACUGAAGGAGGGAAGCAAGUCAGUAAAACGCACGAGGCUUAUGUUGGUUGGUCAGGAACGAGUAGGAAAAACAAGCCUGAUGAGGAAUCUUACAUAUCAAAGUUUCAACAGUGAGGAGCCUUCAACUGAAGGGAUAAAUACAGAGUCACUAUGCACCAUAGAUGUCAUUCAUGCUAAGGGCUGGAUUCUUCAUGGUGAAAGAGAUGACCCUGCUAGUUUUAAAAGUGAAUUUGUGGAAAGUGUGGCUGAAGAAUGGGAUCAAAACAUGCAGAGAAAUGCUGCUGAGAAGUCAAGCAGAGAAAUUAUGGCGAGUCUUAACAUUGCUGUGAGUCCUCAAACUGCUGUGAGUCCUCAAACUGCUGUGAGUCCUCAAACUGCUGUGAGUCCUCAAACUGCUGUGAGUUCUCAAACUGCUGUGAGUCCUCAAACUGCUGUGAGUCCUCAAACUGCUGUGAGUCCUCAAACUGCUGUGAGUCCUCAAACUGCUGUGAGUCUUCAAACUGCUGUGAGGCCUCAAACUGCUGUGAUUCCUCAAACUGCUGUGAGUCCUCAAACUGCUGUGAGUCCUCAAACUGCUGUGAGUCCUCCAACUGCAGUGAGUCCUCAAACUGCAGUGAGUCCUCAAACUGCAGUGAGUCCUCAAACUGCUGUGAGUUCUCAAACUGCUGUGAGUCCUCAAACUGCUGUGAGUUCGCAAAAUGCAGCGAGUUCUCAAAAAGCAGCGAGUUCUCAAAGAGUGAGUUCUGAAAAUGCAGUGACUCCCGAAGAUGAGCUAGAACCAGCCAUUGCAGAAGGCCCAGGGUCUGCCAAAGAAGUCACAUCAAAUCCAAUUGAUCCUGAAAUCGCUCGUGCACUAAGAACACGAAGAGAGAGAAACGUUGCAGGAAUUAUCCAAAAUGAUGAGGGAGUACUUCUCAGCAUUUGGGACUUUGCUGGACAGGAUUUGUAUUAUACAACUCAUCAGACAUUCCUGUCUUCUAGAGCUGUCUAUGUUGUUGUGUUCAAUCUCAGCCAUGAUCUGGAGAAACCCAUUCCAGUUUCUGGAGCUGGAGCUACGUCAUGUCAAAUGACUCCAAUACAGUACUUGGACUUCUGGAUGAGAUCUGUCUACACCUAUACCAAAGAAAACACCUCCAAAAGCAAAAACAGAUUGGAGCAGAAAUCUCCACCAAUUUUCAUUGUUGGAACUCACAGAGACAGUGUUGGAGGGGCAGACUUGCCUGAUAGGGAACGGAAGAAAUUGAUAAAUGAAAUAUUUACAAGAAUCAGGAAAGAAACCUACAACAAGCCUUACAACAGAUACAUAGUUACAAAGUUCUAUGCAAUAGACAACUGUCUUGGCCCCUCCAACGAGAAGAUUGGACAGUUAAGAGAGCACAUCAAUGAAAUAGUAUUGAAAGAGCCAUACAUGGGAGAGAAGAUUCCACUACACUGGCUGCAGUUUGAUAAAAACACACUCAAAGAAGUUUCUAAGUGCACUGACCAUGAUGGAACCCCUGUGUUGAAUCUGAAAGAGGUUAGGGAAAACUCUGGAGUAAAAUCAGAUGUUGAACUCCAAACGAUGCUGACAUUUUACCACGAUCUCGGCCAUAUUGUAUACUUUGGAGGAGACGGAGACUGUACAAAACAAGAGUUGAAAGAUGUUGUCAUUCUGGAUCCUCAAUGGUUGAUAGAUGCUUUCAAGAAAGUCAUCACAGUAGUGCCUCCUCGAGAACAGAUGUCAGGUCUUACAAAAUCCUGGCUAAGACUGCAAGAGGAGGGAAUUCUGAACGAUGAAUUAAUCGAUCAUAUGUGGAAAAAGUUCCCCCAAAAGAAGAAGUCACUGCUUUGUCUGAUGGAUAAGUUUGAUUUACUGUGUGAAUGCAUCAAUCAGGACAAAAAUAGCGUGUCCUACUAUGUACCUUCGAUGCUGCAAAAACGAACACCGUCAACGAACAGUAAAUCACAACCACAAAAGGGUCCAAAGACCGCGGCAAAUCAUUUUGUUGUGGACUUUGAAAGCUUUCUCCCAGAUGGAUUGUUUCACCGACUAGUAGUUCGAGCAUUGAGAUGGUCACAGACAUUGGGAGGAACACAUCCUGCUCUGGAGUACUAUAGGGGAAGUUUCUUUGUUGAUGUGCAACAUGAAUUUGUUCUCCAAAUGGAACGGAAGAAUGAUCUGGCGUACAUUCAAGUGAGUGUUAUAUUAGCACCAGAGCACGGCUCCACAAAAAGACGCAAAAAGGAAGAAAAGAUUAAAAGAAGAAAGACGCCAUCCCCUGAGGUUACACAAAAGGUGCUUGACUUUGUGAAAAAUGAGCUUCAAAACCUAAAGGAUCUUUGGAUCAAGCGUAUAGACUACAGCCUUGCUGUUGCAUGUCCCUGCGGCCGUGGGUCUAUACACUUCCUUCCACUUGAUGACUGCUUGGUAAAGACAAGUGUUAGUUGCAGAAAAGAGAAGAUGGGGCAAGUUGAGAUAUCGACCCGUUCGAUUAAAGCAAUGUUUGAACAAGAUAUCAGUGCUGCACAAGACUUGGACGACACAGUGGACAGAGGGCCGAUGAGUGAUAUACAUCUGGAUCUUAUUGCCGACGAAGUUGGGGUAGAGUGGGAAAGACUGGCACGCUGCCUGGGGUUCAAAACAAGUAAAAUUCACAAUUUCAAAAGGAAUUCAGCAGAUGAUUCGCAUGGCCAAAUAUUCAGCAUGCUAAAAGCAUGGCAGCAGAAGCAACAAAAAGGUGUGGAAAGAAUGACAGAGGCUCUUGUAAAAGCAUUGAAAGAAGUUGGCCGUGGUGACUUGGCACUAAUGGUUGAAAACUAUACUGGAGGUAUGGGGGAUACUCACAGUGAUUGAAUAAUAAAAAAUGUAAGGAAACAGCUGCUCUGUUAAACAGUACUGCCGUCGAUUUCACCAAACUCUUCCUAACCUAGGAUUAAUCUUAGGACUUAGGACGGGUUCAGUUCCGUA